GCAAAAGUAAAACACUGUCAGGACAAAUAAAUACCCGAGAAAAAUCCAGAUGCCCGAAUUCCUUAUUUGAACUUUGUUUCUUCCCAUAACUGGUGAUGACAUCACAUCCUCGUUAACGAGUCAAAGUGCUGCACGUGCACGGGACAGUCACAACAUUGAAACGCUUCACUGUAAAGGUGGAGCUGGUCACACAUUCCGAUGAAGAGGACGAGGUGGAUUCUGUCUCGGACUUCCACUUUUGAUGAAUGGAUGGCAACGCGUCUGAACUGCUAUCCACAAAAUUGUCAGAUCCGAUGCCUCUUGCAGACCAACCAGACAUUCGGUACACCAAACUGCGAUGGCUUCUAACACUUGUCGGACUUCUCCUUUACGUCGGGGACAUCUGGACAGACGUCGGAUUGUCCAUAAAAUACCUCCUGGACGGACGAUACAUAUGCUCAGCGUUGACGUUCUCCUUCGUCCUGUCCGGGUUGCUGGUGACUCAGAUUUUCAGUCACGUCUGGUACGAGGAUGACCUCGAAGACGUUUCGAUGAACCCCCGAGGGCAAGCCAUCGUAUUGGGAAUGUCGAGGUGCAAACUUGUCGUCUUCCACCUGUGCGGCGCGGGUAUUUUCCUAAGGUACUACCACCUACUCAAAAGUGGCUUCAAAGUGGUCUGGAACUUGACUGCUUCCCUUAACCAGGAAGAGAAAAGGGAAGCGCACCACCGCCUGUUUUGCCAAGCCACCGACCUGAGCAUGCUCAAACUAUUUGAGGCAUUUUUGGAGAGUGCCCCUCAAUUGCUGGUCCAGAUCUACACGGCGCAAGACCAAGGCGAAGUCGCAAUCCUGCAGUGUUUUUCUAUGGUCUUCUCCUGUUUGAACAUCGUCUGGGCCCUGGUGGACUACCGCCGAUGUCUACGCCGGUCACUCCCCCACAUCCAGCAGAUGCCUUCCGGCUUACCCACCCUCAUUUACCUCCUCUAUAAACUCUGCACCAUUAGCAGCCACAUCCUGGGCUACAGCCUCCUUCUGAUACUCACCCCCUACUGUGUCAUCGCCUUGGUGGCUAUUUUGUGGCUACUGGGGACAAUGUGGUCACAUGUCCUUGGCACCAACUUCUGCUCCACCAGAAGACAUGAGUUUGUCUACCGCACCGUGGUUGGUUUCAUCCUGACUUUCACCUUUUUUAACGUCAAAGGACAAGACACCCGGAUAGCAAUGACUGUGUAUUAUUUCCUCUAUUCGCUUAUUAACAUGACGUCGCCGUUACUUUUGGCGUUGUUGAAUCCGGAGGUGCGGGCAGAAACGUUUUUCUUCGUGAUCAGUGGGGUAAUUUUUGGCACCUCCAUUCUGGGAUUGGUCUUCCUGGUGUUAUAUUACCACCUUCUGCAUCCGAGGGAGGAGAGGCGGCAAGCCGACGAAGUGGACGGAAGUGGAAAGCAAACAGAGGAAACAGGCAGGAUGAACAACUUCCUGCAACCUUGAUGGAAAGUUAAUCAAGAUGGCCGACACUAUACGUCGGUGAUGGCAUUCCACAAACAUGGCUGACACCCAAAAUGGCACACGUGCUUGAAUGGAAAUCGGCAACAUUUGAAUUGUGGCAACUGGACUGUUCUUGGGUUGUUGAGUCAUUUCGUUGAAAAAGAAAAAGAAAAAGAAGAAAAAAGACACUCCACGAAGAUGGCAUGUUUGAUGAAAAUAACACCUCACAAAGAUAGUGGGUAUGAAACGCAAAACUUGACAUUUCCUUUCCUUUUUUGCCACGAUUACAGUACAAGUUGUGUUUUUCUAUGCACACACACACACAAACAAUACUCUACGUACUACAUAAACAUAUACAUAUUGUAGAUAUGUAAAUAAAUAUACAUAUAUAGAUAUAUACAUAGAUGUAAAUUCCAUAUUUAUUCUAUUGUAAUUUUUAUUUAUCUGCUCUACUCAUUUGUUCUCUCCUGACCACGCUGUUCCAACACAAGAGACUGAAAGUAGAGAUUGAUCGUAAAAUUGAGUCAAGUGCAAUAAAAUACGAGAUAUUAUGAU